AUGUUUCAGUUUCGUCAAGCUAAGCAGCUGCAGGGAGAAACUGUGGAUCAAUAUGCAACUCGUUUACGUAAACUUGCCGCAAAUUGUGACUUCUCAAAUGUCGACAACGAAGCUACAAUCCAAAAUUGUACAUCUGAACGACUACGGAGAUACGCUCUCCGCGAAGACGCUUUAAAGUUAGACAAUUUAUUGUCCAAAGCAAGAGCCUUUGAAGUGAGCGAGCAUCAAGAACAAGGAAUAGAAGAGUCAUUAGAUUCAUCUAGUGGUGUAACAAUCAAGCACGAAAAGCCAAAUUUUGUGAGAGCACGUCGAUACAUACAGCCAUCCAAAAGUAAUCCGCGCACAGCAAAGAGUUUUCCGUCCGCAAGUUCGAUAUGCGGCAACUGUGGUUUCCGCUUACCUCAUAAAGGACCUUGUCCCGCCCGUGGAAAGUCUUGUAAUGCAUUUGGUAAAGCAAACCAUUUUGCUAAAGUUUGCAGAUCUCAAAACGAACUACAGUUCUAA